AUGGCAACGGCAGUGACAAGUCCAGUUGUAGGUCAGGACGAUCCAUUCGCAGCUUACUACUUUGAAGACAAAGAGCAGGAAAUCUGUGGCCAAUCUGUGAGACCAAUCACAGACAGCUACGAUGACAACUAUCCUAAUGUUGUGGAUAGAUUUUUCACACGUUAUUACUAUAUCAAGGGAAAUGCCGACUACCAAGUGCUCUAUCACUCCAAUCGCGUUUGCUUAAUAUGCCUGGCACCUUCGCAUCCUGCCUAUGCUCAAGGCAUCACACAAGUCAAUUUCAAUGUGGGUAAUGUAGAUCGCAGCCAGAAUGUGGUCAAGGGAAAGGGUAAGAAGGGCGGCAUGAUUCUGCAGGCAGACUCAACGCUGGCUUUACUUACCACAAAGACGGGUGAGACGUUCAAAAUUCCCAGCUGUAUUCGUGGCAAACUGGUCGAGGUGAACACGGAUCUCAUAGCAGAGCCAAAGUUACUGGAGCAGCUGCCUGAAAAAGCCGGAUACUUUGCCAUAUUACUGCCCAAGAUUGAGAACUGCGAGGAUAUUAAAGCCAGCCUACUAAACCAACAGCAAUAUGAAGAAUAUGUCAACAAUAACAAGCAAAUGGAGGUCAAAAAGGACGCUUUAUGAAAUUUAAAGAAUUAAAAUUAGCAUUUUGAGUUUGAAUUUUACUUGUUUUUAAAAAUAAAACCGAUACUAUCGAUUGUUGCUUCUA